UGUCCAGUUACUCACAAUGCUUCCUUGGAAACAGGUCACCUGGCAACGCAGCGCAAAUGCAAAAAAGUUAUUCUUCACUUCCCCUGUGUGGCUGUUGUUAUGCGGAGACUCCGUUCACUACAAUCUUGUGUCGGAUCGCAGUGUUUUUAAAAUCAGGUAUCACCAAUUCUCCACAAAAUGUCUUCGGAAGUUUUAGUGUCCAGACCCCAUUUCGACAGCAGGUCAGUUGCCCAAGCAGGCGAUCCGCUCCCGCCCACAGACGCAGAGGCCACAUUCAUGGAGGGCUUGCAUCCCUCCUCCGGCUUGGCUACCGCUGGGUACCGUUCAGCCAAGUACAGCGCGGAGGAAUGGCACGUCAAUAACUUCUCUACCCUUCACCAGGCCGUUAUAGACCGAAACAACGCCGAGAGGAUUCGCCAUGAGUCCAAAACACUGUAUGCGGAGACCGAGGCCGGGACUCUGCGCACCCAAGCUGAGGGGACGCGGCACCUAGGCGAGAGACUGCAGGAUAUCCACUUCUGGAAGUCGGAGCUGCAGCAGCACAUCGAAAAGCUGUUGGCCGAGACAGACCUCCUCCUGCGGCAAAAGAGAAGGCUGUUGAAGGCGCUGGACGCCACCGAGAUCCCGUUCGCCAUCGCCACGGAUAACCUAACCUGUCGGGAACGGCGGCUGGGGCCCGACCUGGUUAAAGACCGCGUAGAGGAGGAGCUGCUUAAGGAAGUGGAGUUGAUCAGGAGCAUCCAGGCUCUGUUGAAGAGAACGCUGAGUCAGGCUGUCAAUCAAAUAAAACCCUCACACUGGCUUUCUGCCCCCUACUGUCUCCCACUGUGUGUGUGUAUCAGGUGUAACAGAGAUGCCAAGCAGACUCUAGAGCUGGACUGGUCUGAUAAGUACCAGGCCUACAGUCUGGAUGACCAGUGUGGUCGCUACAACAACAUGAGUACUGACACACAGUACCACCCCAACUCAGCCAACCUCCAGGACCAGCUGUGUAACCGUGAUGCGUGGGUGUGUUCCACCCAGGACAACCUGUCUGUGGCGCAGCGGGAGGAGCAGGCCAGUGUGGAGCUCAGGCUGCUGGUGGAGAGGGUCCUACAGGAGACGGCUGAGGACCUGAGGGUCCAGUGCUCUAACGUAGACCAGGCCUUCAGCCAGCGCUGUCUGCAGCUCACUGAGGCCAAGACACAGCUAGAACUGCACCUCACUCAGAUCCUGGAUCAGAUCGGGGCUCAGGAGAGGAACAUGGUGUCUCUACAGAAGGCUCUGUAUGAUAAAGAGGCCCCUCUGAGAGUGGCUCAGUCCAGGCUGCACCAACGCUCACACAGACCCCACAUGGAGCUCUGCAGGGACAACCCUCAAUUCAGUCUGGUGGGUGAGGUAGGUCAGAUCUCCCAGACCAUGUCAUCCCUGCAGCAGCAGCUGUCUGCAGCGCGGAGCUCCCUGUCCCACCUGGAGGAGUCCCGCAUGGCGCUGGAGAAGGACAUCGGCUGUAAGACCCACAGUCUGCUCAUCGACAGGGAGAAGUGCAUGUCCCACCGCACCCGCUACCCCACCAUCAUAGCCCUGUCUGGGUACUGAGGAGAGAGAGAGACGGGGGGGUAUGGGGACGUGUGUGGGAGGGAUGGGGGUGUGAGUGUGUGUGUGUUUGUGCGUGAGAUUUGUGUGUGUGUGUGAUCAAGCCUGUAUUAGUGACUACUGCGACAUUGUGUGCAUUUGCUUGGUGUUUCCAGUUGUGUUGUCAAUCAGUAAAGGCUUGUCUGUCA